UAUAACGCAAAGAAAAUUAUGGAGAUGUUUAUAUUAUCAUGUUUAUGUUUGUCUGGGAUUGUUAUCGUAAACGCCCAAUCUAGUUGCUCGUACGGACUGCAUGAAUGCGAAUUUUAUCCUUGGGAAGCGUGGUCAGCAUGUAAUUCCACUUGCGGAGGUACAAGAUACAGAAUGAAACCACUUUGCUGUGUUCAUGUUCAAGGCCAGCAAACGACUUUUGAUGAAUGCUUGCAGUCCUGUAAUAUAACAAGACAGCAGUAUUUUCAAAAUAAAUAUGAAGAACAGUCGUGUGAAGGAUGUACUAACGUACAAACUAAACCUCAAGCUACAACAGUUACAACACAAACUGUACCGUCCUGUGUGGAUGAUUCACGUGUCGCGUGCGAUCAAUCUGCAUGUGAUAGCGGCUUGAAAAUGUUCUGCCAAGCGACAUGCAACCUUUGUAGCAUACCACACGUGCCGUCAACUUCAAGGUGUCCUAAGGGCUGGGCAGAAUUUCAAGGCGAAUGUCUCUUGUUUAGUCCUGAAAAGAAAAAUUGGUUUGAGGCACAUAGCAGCUGUAGAUCUCAUCAGGCGUAUUUAGCAACAGAUGACAGUGCAGAAAAACAUUCAUUUAUGAGAAAAAUUAUCAGUAUCUUAGAUGGAGAAGGUUUCAGAAACUUUUUUAUUGGAGCAACAGAUCUAGUGUUUGAAGGACAAUGGCUUUGGACAGAAACUGGUACCGCACAAAAAGGUUACACAGCCUGGGAACCAGGUAAACCAGAUAAUAAUGUGUCACUUUCUAUCAAAAAGAACUGUUUGAUGUGUUUCCUGGAUGGUGAUAACCUGUAUUGGACCGACAACGAUUGUUAUGAUAGAAAUGUUCAUUUCAUUUGUGAAAAACAAAAUAUUAAAGCCAGUUGUGGCAUUGGUAGACCAGAACGUGAUUCCAUGUGA